AUGGACGCCAACCCUACACCAAACUCUUCCAACGACAAACAAGACAAAGUCCGAGUCUACGUCGUCCAACGAUGUCCCCGUCUCUUAGACCUCGAACACGGCGUCCACACAGCAAUUGAAGAGAUCGCAACAGCAGCAAGGGCUGGAGCCAAUCUCAUCGCAUUCCCCGAAACAUGGCUGACAGGCUACCCUGCGUGGGUAUUCGGCAUGGCAAGCUGGAACGACCCCGAAGCACGAAGUUGGUAUAAACGACUCGUCGAGGCUAGUCCAACGGCUUCAAGUUCGCAUAUUACUCGAAUCAGAGACGCUGCGAGGGAGAAUAAUAUUGAAGUCGUUCUUGGAUUUAACGAACGAGCGCGAGAAAUUGGCGGGACGAUAUAUAAUAGUGUCGCGAUGAUCGGACGAGAUGGGUCUCUUCGAGGUGUUCAUCGCAAGCUCACGCCUACGCACGCUGAGAGACUUGUCUGGGCGAAUGGCGAUGCGCAAGGUCUCAGAGCCUAUGACACUAGCUUUGGCAGAAUUGGUGCGGCGGUUUGUUGGGAACACUUCCAUCCUCUCAUCAGACAGGCUCUGCACACCGAAGAUGAGCAGAUCCAUAUCGCGCUGUGGCCUGAUAUGCCUUCGGCGCAUCAAGUCGCUUCUCGCCAAUAUGCUUUCGAAGGGCGAUGUUUCGUUGUAGCGGCAGCUUCGUAUCUAGACAAAGAGUCUGUCCCACCCGAGCUGCUCGAAGCAUACGUCAAAGGUGCUGGGUCAACGGAUCUGUUCACCGGUGGCUCGAGUGUCAUCGGGCCAGAUGGGGAGUACGUUGCAGGUCCCGUAUAUGGUCCCGAGCCUUUGGUGGUUGAUAUCGAUAUUAGUCAGACGAUUGCUUAUAAGCAUGAUCUAGACGUUGCCGGCCAUUAUGGCAGGCCGGAUAUCUUUAAGCUGUCGGUAAACAGGGAGGGUGAUCGGAGAUGA